AUGAAUAUUGAAGAUGAAAUUGAUGAUUUGGUCUUAUUAGACUCAGGGAGCGAACAAGAUGUCAUCAAUCAUGCUAAUCAAUGUAUCGAUAACUUGUUGAAUUACCAAAAAUCAUAUUUUAAAGAAAAUCAAGAAAUUAAUAAUUUUAUUCAAUCGACACCAUCAAUCAAUGAUGCAUUAACUGAGCUCAAUAACCUCUUAACAACCGAUAACUCAAUCAAAUUUACUACAUCAAUGCAAAGAAAACUGAAUAAUUUUCUUAAAUCUUUCGUUUCAGAAAUUUAUCACACAUCAACAUCGAAACUUCACUCAGAAACCGAAAUUAUCGAACUCCAGACUCUUAAUGAGCAUCUAAACGACCAAAAUACAGAUUUACAAGAAAAACAAGAAGAUUUAGAACAACUCAACGCAAACCUUCAAGCCAAGAUAAAAGAUCUUACAAUACUUAACCAAACAAAAGUGAAUGAAUUGAUUAUUGAAGUAGAAAAGAAAGAAAGAACAAUUCUCGAGCUCAAUGACCAAUUAUCAAUAAACAAAAGGCAUCUCGAAAGACUACAAGGCAUGAUCAAUGCAAGCAACCUAGAAUCGGCCCAAUCUCAACAAAUCACAAAUGACUUGAAAAUUAAGACAGACAAAAAGACAAACAAGAUCCAAAAGAUGCAACUACUUCUACAUGAUAUGAGCGUUAAGCAGCAUGAUCUAUGGCUUCAAAAUCAAAAACUCGUCGCAAUUUCCAAUGAAUAUCGAGAUCAAAUCAAUGAACUCAAUAUAAAACUCGCAAAUACAAGUCCCGAGAAGCUAAAUGCCACAAUUACGAAGCUAUCUGACUCAAUUCUCUCAUUAACUCAGCAAUAUCAAGUUUGCCUCCAAAAAAGUAAAGAAAAAUCAACAAUUAUUGAUAAAUUACGGAAUAUUAUACAAAAACAAGAACAAAUUAUUGAAUCUUAUGAUGUUUCUCUCAAAAAACAGAUUCAUGAUAAAAAUGAAUUGGAAACAAGCAUUUUAGAUGAGUCCAAGAUGCAGGGACAAGUUAAAACACGUGAACUGAUGUUGAAUUUGCAGGAUGCUGUUGAAAAUGAAGAUGUUUUGGAAGGAAUUUCGAAAAUGAAAAGUGAUUUUGAGGAGAAAAUGAAGAAACUCAAGCAGCAGAACAUCAACCUUUCCAAUAUAUGCAUAGCAAUGGUGAAGUUCAUGAAAAUUGACACAGAAUUUAAUAAUUCUGAAAUUCCAAAAGAAUAUUUCGAAGAAAUCCUCAAAGCAGAGAAGGCAAUCGGCGAGAAUGGUGUUGAUAAUGAACUUGUUGGUACAGUUCAAGAGGAAAUCAAGAAGAUUUCCGCAGAAACUGAAAAAUAUUUGGAAAUAGUUUGUAGUUUUUCGAUUUUUUCGAGUUUGAUGAAUAGCAUGCGACUUAAAUAUGAAACAUUGAAGCAGAACUACGACAAAACUAUGUCAAUUGCGUAUUUAAUUUCUGAUAUCUUCAAAUUGCCGUUUAAUAACAGACUUCCUCAAGUUAUUCAAGCGAAAUUUGAGAAAAUGCGCUAUUUCUAUGAGAAUCUCCAGAAAACAACUAAUUCUUAUGACUCAGAUGCUGUUGUUGCUUAUGUCCAUAACGCUAAGUCGAUUUUGGACGACAUAAAAGAGGCUGCUUAUCCUGCACUGAAAUAUUCCGGUCCUCUGGAAGAGUUCCCGUUCUUCGUUGUCGAUUUUGCGAAAUCUCAUGAUCUCGAUUUAGCGGAGGAAGUGAAGAAGAAGACAGAAGUGAUAUCACAUUUAAGGAAGAGACUUGAAGAAACAAAGUCUGAGCUCAAUAAUAUGAAGAAUCAGAACGAUUCUAAAAAUAAUGAAAUAAAUAGCCUCCAAAAUGAGAACAAAAACAGUAGAAAGAUGAUAGAAAAACUGUCUAAUGAAAAUACAAUCCUCAAAAAUGCUGAUAGAACAAGGGAAAAUGAAAUGAUGGAAUUAAAUAUCGCUGUGAACGAAUAUGCUAAACAGAUUGCAGAGAAAACUAAACAAUGCGAAGAUUUAGAGAAGAAAUUCCAGAAAGUAAGCGAAGAUAAUGCAAAAUUGAUCGAAGAUCAUCGAAAUGAAAUGGAAAAGCUCAAUAAAAGCAAAGAAGAAAGCAUCCAAGAGCUCAAAAAUCAUCAUGAUGAGCAGAUAAAUAAGAUUAUUAAGGGAAAUAUCACAAGAGAAUCAGAAUUAACUCAAGAAAUAAAGAAUCUCAAAAGAAACUUUGCAAAAUACCAAAAGAAGAUGUCAGAAGUUGUUAAGAAAUAUGAAACAACUAUUAAUGACCAGAAAGAAGCUUCAGACAGUUUAAUUGGUCACAUUUCCCUUUCGAAAUUAAACACUUCUCAAGGAGAUAUGAACGAAAUCGAAACACUGAAGAAUCUCGUUAAAGCUCUAGAAGCAGAAAACGCAGGAUUAAAGAAUAAUUUGGAAGAAAAUAAGAAUUCAAUCUCAGAAGCUGUAAAGAAUAGAGAUAACUACUGGACAUUGAAACUUAAUACUCAAAAGGAAACUUACCAGCAGGAAUUGGAUAAUCUUUUGUCAGAAAAUCAAAAUCUGAAUCAAACCAUUGAAGAAAUCUCAUUAAAACUGGAGCCAUUUGCUGGAUAUGACCAAGAUGUUUUGUCUCAGAUCGAAAUUGUUCAGAAUAAAUUCGGAAGUUUGCCAGAAAUAAGAGAUCAAAAGGAUAAACUCACAGAAUGGACAGAUUGGUCGAAGAAAUAUGAUAUAUCCGGUGUUGACUCAGCAAAUCAAAUAAGAAGAGCAGUAGAUGAUGAAAUUGCAAAAAUUCAGAAGCUGAAUGACAUAAUUUCCACAUUAAGGAAGCAAAAGAACAUCCUGAUCAAAAUCGCAACUAUGAGUGCUCCUUCUAAUAAGAAUGAAAACAGCAUUCGUCCUUUAAUUAUUUCACUUGUCGGAAUUGCACGUAUAAAACGUACAAUUCGCAAAUAA